ACCAGGGCAUCUCAUACAGGUGGAUGCCAAGGCAGAAGAUGAGACAUUUGUGCUGUGUCUUCCAGAAUCGUUCGGAAAGAGACGCCUGGUGUACUCCCCUGCCGGACCCCUGAAUCGCUGCUACGACGAUGUUCGUAUGCUUAGUGAUGCAGCUUGCAAAGGUAUCAAGAGAGCCCUCAGUGCUGGUGCCAAACGUCCUCUGCUCGUGCUUCCGACGGGCGUGGAGAAGCUGUAUCCUCGGCACGACGUCGCCACGUUGCUUGGCGCGUUGCACGCCCUCUAUGUGCCGCUCGAGAUCCGGGAGGACGUUCCGAGCCGGCUGCAGAAGGUGAACUGUCUCGGCCUCAUAAAUUGGCCCGGGGGACAGCAGGCAUUGCGCUAUGCUUGCGCCAUCGAGUACGGCAGGAUAAUUUGCCGUGACAUCGGUGGCUCUGACCCGGAGCGAAUGGCAGCUCCGAAUGUGGCCGCUUACGUGCAGCAGGUCUUCAAGGACACCCCCGUUCAGGUGGAGGUAAUCUCGGACACGAAGACCAUCGAGAAAGAGUACCCGCUUCUGGGGGCCGUGAAUCGAGCGGCAAGAGGAAUUGAGAGGCACCGUGCAAGGUUGGUGUUGCUGACGUACGUUCCCGAAGGACCCGUCGAGACCACUUUGUAUCUCGUGGGCAAGGGCGUCACCUACGACACCGGAGGUGCCGACGUGAAGGCUGGCGGUGUCAUGGCAGGCAUGCAUCGUGACAAGUGUGGUGCCGCAGCAGUCGCAGGCUUCUUCCGGACGCUGUGUGAGUUGCGACCACGAGGCCUGAAGGUACGCGGGGCCAUGGCUAUGGUCCGUAACAGCAUCGGCUCAGACUGCUAUGUCUCGGACGAGAUCAUAACGGCACGUUCUGGGGUCCGCGUGCGUGUCGGAAAUACUGACGCCGAGGGGCGUAUGGCGAUGGUGGAUGUUCUCUCUCAGUUCAAGGAUGAGGCCGUCAAUGACCGUGAUCCCUACCUCUUCACUGUGGCAACCCUUACCGGUCAUGUCUGCCUUGCAUAUGGAGAGGGAUACGCGGCCAUAAUGGACAAUGGACCUGCCCGAAAUAAGAAGAUGAGUACCCGGGUGCAGGAAGCGGGAGCGGCGCUUGGAGACGCAUUUGAAAUAUCGACGAUACGUCGUGAGGAUUACUCCUUCUGCUGCGGGCCCUCCGAGUACGAGGAUGUCCUGCAGUGCAACAAUUUGCCCUCGUCACGGACCCCACGAGGCCACCAGCUUCCAGCAGGGUUUCUCAUCCGGGUCUCCGGGUUGGAUAAGCACGGACUGGAUUCAGAAAAACCGCUGUGUUACUCCCACGUGGACAUUGCAGCAGCAUCUGGACCAUAUCCGGGUAUUCCUUCCGGGUCCCCCAUCCCGGCUUUGGUUGAGGCCUUUGUGGGUCACGCCUAAGGCACACGUACAACCAGCUCAAACUCUUUCGUCGUGCCUUUACAGAAACCCCAGGGAUUGUCGACGUGUUUUAUGACUUAGAUGGUGUGUACCAUGGCAGUUUUUAAGUCAUUACGCACUUUAAUUAGACCGUCAUGCGAUAAAGUAUACUUGUUGUCCGUAGAUGACACGAACGUGCUCUUGAUGUUAAGAACAUCAUUUCCAUGGAUGAUAUGUUAUAGGUUUGAGCGAGGGAAUUUUCUUACUUUCAUGUAUGCCCGUGAUUACUGCCAGACCAUUACUUUUGCAUGUUCAUUUGCAGCAUAUAUAUAUAUGUGUGUGUACAUGAAUUUUAUAUUGGGGAGUGAUUUUACAGAAAUAAAUUUUUCAGACAUAA